UUUUUUUUUUCUCUCCUCUGUCGCUUUCUUUCUCUCCAGUGUUUCAAGGGGGCGGAGGACUUUUUUUUUGGUAUCGGGAAAGCUCCGAACAAAUAAGAGUCUAUUUUUCAUGCCAAUCCACUUGUAUAACCUGAAUUAAUUAAGACCUAAAAAGAGACAUAUUUAGCAUGUUGAUAACCUUAGUCGCACUGACCUUUUAAUUCAUGUACUGCGCUUCGCGAGGCAAAAAAGUAAUACUCGGUACAUGGAACCCACUCUUUUUUUUUUUUGGUUUUUUCUGGAGUACAAAAUAUAGAGUAACAUAAGCUUUUUUGACCUUAGAAUAGUUUGGAAAAGGAACAUGUGACGGUCUCAGACAGAUAUAUAAAUCUACUUUUUCGGUAUUUUUUAUAUCUUUAUCCAACAUGUCUGUUGAUCCUUUUCGUUUCCGUGUUUGUCCAGAGAUCGAGUUUACUGAAACUCAACUUGAAGUAUUAUAUGCUAUCCUCGAUACUUACAUUGCCCCUUUACCUCAAGCACAGGAGGACGCACUUGUCAAACAACUCGCAUCUACACAUACCGAAGAUCAAGUCCGUGAAUUCUGUCAAUACUCAAGCACGUCACUCCAAACCCUGGACGCCAUCAAGAACUUCGUGAACCAUGUGAUCUUGCCCGAGAAACGUCAAGAAUUACUUCUGCUGCUCUCUGUCUUGUCUUCAAAAGCAGGUACUUUUGCAUUGACAGGCUAUCUGACUGAAUUUAAACAACUCUCGGCCCAAGACCGUGAAAAAGUCUUGUUGGGUUGGAAGCACUCAAGUAUUGCCAAGUUUCGUAUGAUCUAUAAGACAUUUCAUGCGUUGGCUUGUUUGCCUGCGUAUGCGACUCAUACCAAGGCAUUGGCUGGGGCCAUGAAAUAUGUUGAUCUGGUUCGAGAUCAAGUGUAUGAGAAUGUGCCACAAAGACUGACUAUGAUGUCGGCGGAUGAAAUCGAGGAUGAUAUGGAAUUUGAUGUGAUUGUGAUUGGUAGUGGUGCUGGUGGAGGUGUGGUGGCCAGUCAGUUAGCUAAAGCAGGCAAAUCUGUCUUGGUGAUUGAAAAAGGUGCUUAUCAUCAUGAAAAUGACUUUAUUGUGGAUGAAGCCAAAGCAUUUGAAAAUCUUUAUGAGCAUGGUGGUUUCACACCUAGUUUUGAAGGUACCAUUUCUAGCUUGGCUGGAAGUGUAUUUGGUGGUGGUACUACAGUCAAUUGGAGUGCAUCUCUCAAGCUUCAACACUUUGUUCGAGAAGAAUGGGCUAAACAAGGCUUAACUUACUUUUUGUCUCCCAAGUUUACAGAAGACUUGGAUCGUGUGUUCGAUAGAAUUGGGGCUAGUACAGCAGGUAUUCAGCACAAUGGACCUAAUCAAAUCUUGGUGGAUGGUUGCAAAGUGCUCGGUUAUCCUGUGGCUGACAUUCCUCAAAACACAGGCGGUAAACCCCACGCAUGUGAAUUUUGCUUUAUGGGUUGUCGUGCAGGUAUCAAGAACAGCACCAUGAACACUUGGCUCCGCGAUGCGUAUGAACACAAGGCGAAAUUCAUGGAACGCACCAAAGUCUCUCGUGUCUUGAUCGAAAACGACAAGGCGGUCGGUGUAGAAUGCUUGGUGCACUACGACCGUCGUAUCCGCAUCAAGGCUGACCAGGUCGUUGUCUCGGGUGGAUCGCUUCAAUCGCCUGGUAUUUUGUUACGUUCGGGCCUAAAGAACAAACACAUUGGUCGUCACUUGCAUUUACACCCUUGUGUGAUCACCAUGGGGUACUUUGAAAAGCCUGUGCGUGCUUUCCAAGGGUCGAUUAUGACAGCUGUCAGUACAAUUGCUGAAAACGUCGAUGGCGAUGGCUAUGGUGUCAAGAUUGAAGUGCCUAGUUUACAUCCCGGUGCAUACUCUGCUGUCAUGCAAUGGCGCGGUGCAGCCGCUCAUAAAGAAGCCAUGAUGCGGUAUGCACAUAUGGCUCCCCUGUUGAUCUUGGCCCGUGAUAAAGACUCGGCUGGUUCUGUGCGUUAUGACGAUAAGGAGAAUGCUGCUGUAGAUUAUGUGUUGUCAAAGCAUGAUCGUCGGUCCUUGCUGGCAGGUAUUGAACGAUCGCUCAACAUUUUGGUGGCUGCAGGUGCGCGUGAGGUCUAUACAGGCCAAUUUGGCGUUGAACCCUUCAAGUUUCUUCCUGAUGAAGUCUCCCGGAUUGAUAAUGAACGCUUUUUGGCCUGGAAACAGACGGUGCUCAAGUAUGGAUUCCCUCAUGAAGGUGCUUCUGUGUUUGGUGCACAUCAAAUGGGUUCAAACCGUAUGGGUGUAUCGCCUAAAUCUUCUGUGGUUAAACCUACAGGUGAGACAUGGGAAGUCAAAGAUCUCUAUGUGGCCGAUGCUUCUGUCUUCCCUACAGCUUCUGGUGUCAAUCCUAUGGUGACAACAGAGACCAUUGCUUUACAUAUCGCUGAUUGUAUGAUUGAAAAGAGCGGAACACACGCUAAGCUUUAAAUAAAC